CUCUAGCUCUAGCUCUAGCUCCAGCUCCAGCUCCAGCUCCUCGCUGGCGGCUGCCCGCAGUGUGCCGCCGUACUCCGGGUAAACUAGUCAAGAGCGUGCAGUGACCUCUGUGUAGACCAGCUCUUGAGUCUAUGCUGGGAUUUGUAUAGGUUGUUCACUUGCCUUAGGAAAGAUGCAUUGUUACUAGAUGCCAGACCAAUCUUCAUCUGUGCCAAGCUGCAACCAAAAUGGCAAAGUACAAGCUUGUUCUCUUAAGACAUGGAGAAGGAGCCUGGAACAAGGAGAAUCGCUUCUGCAGCUGGGUGGACCAGAAAUUGAGUAGUGAUGGGAUAAAGGAAGCUCAGAACUGUGGCAAACACCUUAAAGCGCUGGGUUUUGAGUUUGACCUUGUCUUUACCUCUGUACUGAGCCGUUCCAUCCAGACUGCAUGGCUGGUCCUGGAAGAGAUGGGCCAAGAGUGGGUCCCCAUUCAAAGUUCCUGGCGACUGAAUGAACGUCACUACGGUGCAUUGAUUGGUCUCAAUAGAGCAGAAAUGGCUCUGAAUCAUGGAGAAGAGCAAGUGAAAAUAUGGAGGAGAAGCUAUGAUGUUACCCCACCUCCCAUAACUGAAUCUCAUCCAUACUAUGAAGAGAUAUACAAUGAUCGCAGGUAUAAAUGCAGUGACGUCUCUCAGGCUAAUCUCCCAAAGGCUGAAAGCUUAAAAGAUGUGCUUGAUAGACUUCUUCCCUAUUGGAAUGAAAAAAUAGUGCCAGAACUGAAAAGUGGCAAAAUGAUCCUCAUAUCUGCCCAUGGCAACAGCAGCAGGGCAAUACUCAAGCAUCUGGAAGGCAUCUCCGAUGAGGACAUCGUCAAUGUUACUCUCCCCACUGGCGUACCCAUACUUCUUGAACUCGAUGAGAAUCUGCACCCUCUGGGCCCUCACCAGUUUCUGGGUGAUCAAGAAGCUAUCCAAGCUGCCAUCAAAAAAGUGGAAGAUCAAGGGAAAGUUAAAUCUGCUGAGAAGUAAAAUCCCACUGACCAACACAGUCGUCUGAAGUAUAUGAUAAUAAAUGAUGCUUUAUGUGUGUGUUAGGUUGCACUGUGCGGAAGUCUCAAUUUCAAGCACUGAACAACUGGAAGGGACAAUUGUCGAGUCUUGGUUGGUAGCUUAACCCUCGGCCUUUCAAAAACUGGAAGUCAAAUCUCAGUGUGAGAUUAUGGAUAUUAAAAAAAAAAAAAAAAGAGCAGUUCAGGUGAUGGAAGCUUCCAGGGCAAUCUGUCCCACCUCUAGGCUUGAGGGAGGUCUGAAAGGAAUAAUAGCAUAUGUUAAAGCCCCCUAGCAAUAAUCAGUCCUGAUCUGUUGAGGGGAAAAGCUUGUACUGCACAACAGCUCGCUGAACUGACUGAGUUACAGGCACUAAACUUUCUCACUGACAACAUGGCAUCAGAUAGGAGUUGCUCCAGUGAUUCUUGUAUAUCAUUGGCCAUGACAGUCUGUGUUCUUGACAGUGUCUUUUGCCUUUCAGAAUACUUUCAGCUGUACGACUCUUUCCCUUUCCACUUUGUUAUUUUGAGUCUUUCACGGCCUGCUCAUGGUUCAUCAGAGAAUUUUGCAGAGAUGUUCAGACUAUUGUAGUUACCCUAGUUGUCUUUUAUUACAGUGUGCUCCUAUUCUAGGUAUCUCCAUUGUCUUUGCAAAAUCUAGCGUGACUGUGUUUUGCUGGCUUGCGAUAAUGGGAUUUCACUAGUCCACAAACUAAGAACAAAGAGGUUUCCUUCUCAAUGUGUAAAUUAUCACUUAGCCUUUGAGUGACCUGAAUAGCUUUCAGACUUUUAAAUAACAUGUACUACAGGCUUGAUCAUCUCUUAACAAAGUUGUUAGAAGCAUUCCUGUUGACCACAGUAAAACUAGACAUAGGAAAACCCCCCUCUGAUCAUUCCUUAGUUGCAACGAACUCUUGAUAAAUCCUUUCCACAGUGUUAUUACUGUGGCAUUCUCUGUAUCAGUUUCUUUGGAGGGCAAUAAUAGAGAUAUGUAAUGCCUGUAAGAUGUUACUGGUGCAGUUCAUGUAGCCAUCAUGCUAGCAGGAAAGAAUAUGGUCUGAAAGUGUUGUCCUAUAAAGCUCUCCUCACAGUUGUAGCUAGAUUUCUGCUGAGGGCAGUCUUGCUUGCUGCUUUGGCACUAAGCUUGAACAGUAUGCACUGUGGUUGGGUGUAUUGUGUAUGGUGGUUUGGCUUCCUCUUUGUUUAUCUGCACAAACAUCAGGAAAUUCCUACUUUUGAAGACUUGCUCUAACUUUACUUGCAAAUGUAAAGCCAUUGUAAUGUAAACCUAGAAUCUGACCCAGUAUCCAUACAUGUGAGCAUCUGAAUUCUCACCUCAGUUACAAAUGUGGCUGGCACUUGCUUAUGCAGUACUUAAGAGCUGAAUGUGUUCUUAGCAUGGCCCAGCUACAGAUCGCAUGAAGUUAAUGAGAAUUCCCUUAGUAUAAUAGUCUAAACUACUUUUUAAGUCACAGGGUGGCUACAUCUUUGCAGUGAGCAGCUCUGUAGCUCUGAGUGCAACAGGAUGGCUUUUGUUUUGACAGUGCAUUGUGCUUCUAACAGUGUCCCUGCUGUGUGGAGGGAUCCUUUCCAGGUCUGAUGCCAGCUCAAAUUAGGGUUACAUGUACUCCAUAAAAGACCUCUUGCUGGUUGGUAGUUUCUCUUGCAUGAGCAAUGCCUGAGCUGUUCUUGGUUUAGUUUUUGUAGCCUCUGCAGUAGGAACAAAGAUAUGUUUUUCUUUUAAAAACAUAAAGCUGUUAGGUUUCCCCUUGCAUUGUACAAGCAAAGAUAAAUUGGGUUUUUAUUUCUAAAGAAGUACUGUCAGCAUCCCCCUCCCAACUACUGUAACUUCAACACUGAUUGGCUUAUUGCUUUCCAUUUUUUCUUUCUUUUUUUUUUUCUGUGCAUAGAGUAACUUUGAAUCUUAGUUGAUAUUCUACACCUCAGAAUUAGUUUUCUGAUUAGAAAAUGUUUGCCUGCCCAUGCCAUAAGGAGGACCACUGUCACUCAGGUUAUUAGUUUCUUUCUCACCCCAUCAUUGAAUAAUGUGUGAAAUUCAGUGCUAAAUUAAAAAAAAAAUUACUGUAGAUCCAUCAACAAGGCAAAGCCACCCAUCAUCACAUCAUCAGUGGUAAUGGCAUGUGUUGGCUUAUAAACUCUUACAGACGUUAGCUAUCAGUGUUCAUAUUUCUUUGGCAUUGUGGUAUUGUAAUGUAGGACAACCUCAUUGUUGAGGACUUAAGGUGCAGCUGGAAAAUAUUUGGAAACAAACAUAGUUGAACUCGGAUAUGCUCCCUAACAAAGGGAGAAGAGGGCCUUGAUGGCUGAUCUCUUCAGGGAAAAAUGGAAAGAUGGGUGAAUGGAGUGUAAAGAACUGUUAAUACAUAUUCCUGCAGCUGAAUAGAUGGAAUUGAUUGAAAACAGCCUUUCAACAGGAGUGGAGACAGUAAGGAAAGAACAGCCAGUGUGAUGUUUUCAGGUGGCACUGUUUCUGCAGUCUUUCUUGAGGUAGGAGUGGUGAUAGUGUCCUGGGAAGCUGGACUUUGAUCGCUUUGGUUGCGACUCCAAAGUGAUGACAAAAUAGUUUGUACAGGAUUUGUAUCUGCAUCUAGCAGCAAUACCACCUCGCAAGUAUCAGUUGAAACCAGCUAGGGAUUUCAUUGUGCUCUUUAAUAGGAUUACUUUAACACCUUGCAAUGCUGGCUUCUGAACAGCCUUAUAAUUAAAUUCUUGAUUCAUAAAAGAUGCAUGUAUAUGGGAGAAUAGAAGCCAGCUUUCACCAGCAGUGGCAUAAGGACCUGAUCUUCAGGCUUAGUUGCAUUAUAGUAGGGGGACAAAUGAGCUUGUGGGUGGCUUUGUAAAUCAGCAAACAUGGAAAACAUUUUUCUCCAUGGUUGCGAGUAUGUCUCAAAGUCUUAUAAGCUAACCAGUGUCUUUACAGUUGAUGUCAUGGAUGUGGUCGAUUUGGUUUGUUUAUGUAUCUGUAACUUGUAUUAGCAAUAAUAGUUCUGCAAUCCUUUUGAAAACACUUUGUAAAUAUGGUGGAGCUGGCAGAUUCUUUACAAUUCAAUAAAUUCAUCUGAAAUAGAA